UCCCUUGUCGUCCCCUGUCGUCCCCACCGCCCCUUCGCGACAUCCGCCCACCCUCGACUCCCCGCCCCGGCGUCCCUACCAUCCUUACCCGUGUCGUCCCCAACCGCGCACUACACCCCGCGCAAUACGGACGUAAUACGGACGCACACCUCGACCCCCGCCGCUGCUUGCACGCGACCACGUCGGAAACUACUCACCCCCGUCUUGCAUACGCAAGCCCCAAGUCCUUGACUCCCGCUUCGCUUCGCUACAAGUCGUCACAUGGAUAAACGCGCUGGAAAGUCCAGUAAGGACACCCCUGAUGAGCGAGACGCGCUCGAUCUCGACUCGAUCAUAGGAAGACUGUUAGAAGUUCGCGGCCAACGUCCAGGGAGGCAAGUCAACCUUCAAGAGCAUGAAAUCCGCGGCCUGUGUAUGCGUGCAAGGGCCGUUUUUCUGCAGCAGAUGCCGCUUUUGGAGCUGGAUGCCCCCAUCAAGAUUUGUGGUGACAUCCACGGACAGUAUCACGACUUGCUGAGGCUCUUUGAGUAUGGUGGCUUUCCCCCCGAUGCAAACUAUCUCUUUCUUGGUGACUAUGUCGACCGCGGCAGGCAAUCCAUCGAGACCAUUUGUCUCUUGCUGGCCUUCAAGGUCCGCUACCCAGAAAACUUUUUCAUCCUCCGCGGAAACCAUGAAUGUGCAAGCAUCAAUCGUAUUUAUGGUUUUUAUGACGAGUGUCGUCGCAGGUACAAUGUCAAGCUCUGGAAGACCUUUUGCGACGUUUUCAACUGUCUUCCCGUCGCCGCCAUCGUAGACGAAAAGAUCUUUUGCACUCAUGGCGGCCUCUCCCCUGACCACACCUCGAUGGAGCAGAUUCGACGAAUAAUGCGGCCUACCGACGUCCCCGAUCAAGGCUUGCUUUGCGAUCUACUCUGGUCGGAUCCGGACAAGGAAAUCAGGGGUUGGGGCGAAAACGAUCGUGGCGUCUCGUUUACUUUCGGCUCAGACAUCGUCUCGAGGUUUUUAACUCGGUUUGAUUUGGACCUCGUCUGUCGUGCGCAUCAAGUCGUCGAGGAUGGAUACGAGUUUUUCGGCGAUCGAAGACUCGUCACCAUCUUCUCCGCUCCCAAUUAUUGCGGAGAGUUUGACAACGCUGGCGCUAUGAUGAGUGUCGACGAAACCCUGAUGUGCAGCUUCCAGAUUCUCAAACCAGCCGACAAGAAGACCAUCACGCCAAGAAACUACAACUCGCAAUCUCGAUGAAGCCCAGGGGGGAAGGUGGUAUGACCCGGCCACGGGGGAGUUGGAGGGGGUGGCGUGCCGGGGGCGGACACAGAUGGAGGAAUGGGGUGUGCCUCUUUGGAAGAUGGAAAAACCUAAGAUCCCUUACAUGUGCGUUUUUAUAUGCGUUUUGCUCAGUUCUACCAACGUUUCACUCCUACUUUGGAAAAGCACACACACACACACACACACACACACACACACACACACACACACUCAAACAGAUACAACACAAACAGACACAAACAGAAACAAACACGGACAUACACACAAGUAGACUGCAUUCUUAGAAAUCUCGCCGACGGGGAACGGUGUGAGCGUUUGACGGUGGUUAAAUUAUCACUUACUCGUGCUGAGCUCCAAAAUGCUGGCGCGCGCUAGAGGUACACUGUUAUGGAAGCUUUGCACACCGAUCGUGUAACGCUGGGUACUUAUGGUGGACACGCGGAUUGGUGCACUGGAGUGCAGAAAGAAAGGCAAAUACAUUAAAGUUCUUAGUAGCGCCGGACGAAUAAUA